AUGGAUCCUGAUCCGGUAAAUGAAGAAGACAAGGUAUGGAUUCCAUUACUCCAUGUACCUGAGAAAUAUCUGUUCUUGUCAAAUUCACAUAAUUCACCAGCUCCAAUUGAUCCAAAUGACAUGCUUAAAAGAUUUGAUGAUUUUAACCAGAAAAAGAAAAAUAAGGAAAGAGAUGUUACUUAG